CUUCUUCCCACCCAUCCUCAUCACUGCUCACCCAGCAGAAAGAGCCUCAGCGAUGUGUUAGUAGCGUCUGUAGGUUGAAGUCAUAAAGCAACGUUGAGACGGUCAUUAUCUGGCAGACACCGCUGCCUCUUUGUCCGCUUUCUAAAGAGACUUUAGUGCGUUUAGCACCGGGUCCUCCUUGGGGAGAAAAAAAGCGCCUACUGGGCUUCAGUGCGGAGGAAAAAAAACUGGUGGAGAAGAGGACCGAGCUACUUCGGGCGUGGUAGAAAGAGAAAACUCAUCUUUUUCAGCAAAACUUCAAAUAGUAGCAUCCAUAAUGUCGCUGUCGGUGCCGCAGAACGGAGUAAAGGCGGACAAUGAGCCCGUUAUCGAGCUGUUUGUGAAGGCGGGGAGUGAUGGAGAGAGCAUCGGGAACUGCCCCUUCUCCCAGAGGCUCUUCAUGAUCCUGUGGCUCAAAGGAGUCGUCUUCAACGUCACCACAGUGGACCUUAAGAGGAAGCCUGCAGACCUCCAGAACCUGGCCCCGGGCACGCACCCACCCUUCAUCACCUUCAACGGCGAGGUCAAAACUGACGUAAACAAGAUCGAGGAGUUCCUUGAGGAUGUCCUCUGCCCACCCAAGUACAUCAAGCUUGGUGCAAGACACCCAGAGUCAAACACAGCUGGUAUGGACAUCUUUGCCAAGUUUUCAGCAUACAUAAAGAACUCAAAACCAGAUGCAAAUGAGGCUCUGGAGCGCGGGCUUCUGAAGACACUCCAGAAGCUGGAUGAGUAUCUUCGCUCACCACUGCCCGAUGAGAUUGACCACAACAGCAUCGAGGACAUCAAGGUCUCCAACCGCAACUUCCUUGACGGUGAUGAAAUGACCCUGGCUGACUGUAACCUGCUGCCCAAGCUGCAUAUAGUCAAGGUGGUGGCCAAGAAGUACCGAGGCUUUGACAUCCCCAAAGAGAUGACUGCCAUCUGGAAGUACCUCAACAACGCCUACACGCGCGAAGAGUUCACCAACACCUGCCCCAGUGACAAAGAGAUUGAGAUCGCCUACGGAGAUGUAGCCAAGAGGCUGGUCAAAUAAGCUCCUCCGUCCCCUCCAUCCCUCACCCCGUAACCUCCCCCUCUACACACCCUUACACCUCCCCCUCCCCAGCACCGGGACUGAUGUGCUCACUCGCGAGAAAGAAAAAACUCUGGACUUCUUUUCCUUCUCUCCUCAUCUAGAGCGAACCCCAAUGCAUGAACCCUUCUCGAUCAUAUUUUCCUCACGUUCUCCGAUUUUUACGAAGGCCUCCUUUUAGUUGAUUCAGCAAAGGUCUUUCAUCAUUAAUUGCUUUUGUUUUUCAUUUGCUGAUGAAUGUUGUGAUGGCGAGGCGACGGAGAAGCAGCCAGACGUGUAUCAGUGCUUAUCAGUGUCGGGAGCCUCAACAAACACACUCCUCGAUAAGUGACCUUCAAGCUGACCUUCUCUCUAUGUGUAGGGAGAAGGUCACAAGCUUUUGUUAAUUUUCUGUUGUCUGUCUAAUACUGAAAUAGCUCUUUCUAGGAUUGCUAUAAAAGGAACACUGAGAAGCAGUUUUUUCCCUUGUCUUUUGGCUUAUUAAGAGGCAUUGUAAACAGUGUUGAAGCUUCAGCGGCUUUAAGUAUUUGACAGGUUUAAGUAGAAGCCGAAGCUAAUCCAAACCUGAGUGGUUGACAUAUCAAGUGAAAGAUGCUUUCUUUUAAUGUUGAGCUGUUUAAAAUAAAUCAAAAUAAUUCUAAGUGCAGGUAAAGCUACCUGGUAGCCAUGCUCUGAUUUCCUCAUUGCCUCAAAUGGGCAAAAGUCUUGUAGCUCAACUCAGUAGAAUUGUAGGGAAUUUCAUGUAACGGCUGCAGUAACAACUCAGGAAAAAUCUAGCCUGAGGUCUGAGAAAUAUUCUACCAUAUGUAGCUUACAGAUUUUCAAAGAUGUGUAGAGUGGCUUUUUGUUAAUCACCACAUUGCCAUUUAUAAAACUGUUCAUUUAGACUCACUGAGCAGCACAUUAAACACAUAAACAUCUUUCUUAUGAAGCAUGAAGGAAAGUCCUCACUUUGGUCGUGCUGACAGUAGCGGUAGUUUGGAUUACUCAUGGCGGACCAAAAAGAGGCACAUUAUUCUGGUCUAACUGUGGAUAGGAUGACUCCGGCUAUGUAAACAAGUGAAGUCAAAAAAAGAAAAGAAAAAGGAAACCACACACUCACUGUUUCCUUCUCCAUCAUGUACUGGAAUGACUACACCAACGUGCAGUCAGGCACCAAGAAAGGUGACACUAAAGAUAUUUAUGACAAAACAAACCAAGAGGAGUAGCAAUGAAACGAAUACCUGGUCGAAUUUCACUUUCUCUUCUGUAUGUAGAUUGAUCUCUAAGGUAGUGAAUGUAUGUUAUGAUACAGUAGCUCCAAAAGUGCUUUAGUGCGGAUAAAGCAAAAACUGUUUUGUUUUCUCCCAUUUGCCAUGUUUCUCAGACAUUUGUCAUGAAACAAAUUUGAUUAAAAAAAAAAAAAGGAAUUGUAAAUAUUUGUUUUGAUUGCUCGGAAUUCAAUGUGUACAUUUUAUACAUGUCAUCUGAAUUUUGAGGAAAAUGGGCCAUUUCUUGCCUGCUUGGAUUCUAAUUCUAGACAAACCAUAUCCUCUUUGCCUUAGUUGUUUUCCCUCUGCGGAUGUUUUGCACGAAGGUUUUUCAGAGAGCAUUUCAUUACAACAUGAGUGUGAUGUUGUACAAAGAAAAUAUCCAAGCUAUGUCAUGGCUUUUUUUUUAACAAUAUUGACUGAAUUGAAAUAAACUUCUUAUUGGCACUCUGA